AUGCCACCAAAGGAGGAAAAGAAGGAGAAACGAACUAAACCUUGUUGUAACUGUAAAAGAUCAAAGGUAAAAUGUGUUUAUACGAGUUCGUUACCCUGUGAAAGAUGUAUAAAGACAGGACAAGCUGCUACAUGUCAGUUCGUGCCAAAACUACCUUCGUUGAAACUACCGUCCAUAGAUUCAAAUAAUCAUCCAACAAGACUACCAUCUGCAACACCGGUGCUAAAUGCACCAUCUACUUUCACACCUUCCCUAAAUAAUUCUGGUCCUUUGCCGUCACAUUUGAGAAACUCAAAUUUACAUACUCCUAUUCCUGCAUUAAUACCGGCUCACAGUCCCAUAAAUUCCCAAAUUUACAACAAUCAGGCAGUGACACCAAAUCUAUCAAAUGCUUCUGAUUCAGCUUGGAAGUCGCAAAUCGAACAACGAUUAUCUGGAUUUGACUCAAAAAUUGAUAACUUAGUAGAGAUGCUAAAAGUCAAUCAACAAUUUGUAAUGAAUAGCCAAAUGCAGUUUUUGCAACAGCAGCAGCAGCAGCAGCAGCAACAGCAGUAUAGUAUUUCUGAAAGGCAAGAAACUUAUCCAUCAGGUUAUUUAACUAAUGGAAAUGGUUCUCGAUAUCCUGAUACACAUCGAAUUGAAUCAAAUACUAAAAUGAUUGCUGAUUCAAAUGAAUCUCAAAAAAGAAAACCAGAGAUAUCGGAGACUAGCCAGGAAAGCACCAAAAAACGUAAAUUUCAAUCAGAACCCUCCCAAGAUUUUCGUGAUGGCUUUUUGACUAAAAAAGAUGCCCACGAGCUAUUCCAUUUUUUUGAUGCCAACAUUUCCCAACAAUUAUUCGGAUUUGAAAUUUCAAAGUUUGAUGUAGAUGAAAUAUGGGAUAGUUGUCCCAUAUUAGUAUGUGCAAUAAGUACAAUUGCAUCGAUACAUCAUCCGAAACUAUCAUCUAAAUCAAAGCAGUUACAAGUCUACCUCCAUAACUUAUGUGGCUCCAUAAUACUCAACAAGCCUCGCAAUGAACAAGAUGGCUUCAACACAAUUGUUGCCUUGAUUUUGUGUAGCUUUUGGUUGAGUGAUUCGCAGAUGUUUACUGGGCUUGCGUUGCAAUUAGCUAAAGAAUACGGGUUAAACCAACCAAACCAGAAGAGCAAAGAUAAAUUGAAAUUAUGGUAUUUGUUAUAUGUGUUGGAUGGACAACAAAGCUUGACUUUUAAUAGACAGCCACUUUUGAACCCACAAGAGUAUUCAUUGAAACACAGUAAAGACUUAUUAUUAGGACACAAGAGUAACAAGUUAUCGGAACUGAAAUCAAAAGAAUUGUUACAGGACAAAAAUAAAACAGGUUCCAGAUCUUUGACAGAUAAAGAGAUAUCUAAAUUGAUGGCAAAACAAAGACUAACGGAUAUGAGAUUGGUUUCACAAGUUGAAUAUAAUCAAGCAAUUAAUGAGGCAUUUAAAGGGACAGCAUGGGAUUUAUUAGCACCAGCAUCAUUUGGAAUACCGUCGAAAUCAAAUUUAGAGUUAGAUCGCUGGAUGGUUUCUUGGACUGUUUUAUUAUCACCAGAAAGUUUUGGAGCUAUUUGGUCUACGAAAUCAACAUUGAUUUAUUAUAAUUUCGCCAAAAUGCACAUAAACUCUAGUGCUGUGAGAAAGAUAACUCUUGAUCCCAAUAAUGGUCAAUUUCCAAAAUUGGACACAUCCUUAACUCAUUAUUCAACUGGCAAUGGAUCUAACAAUACUUUGACUACUGUCAAAAAGCAACAACCGAAUUAUGAUUCAGAAGAGUCUUCUGAAGACGAGUUUGACGAAAACGAAUUUAUCUCGAAUAAGGAAUUGGUUUCUCCAGAUGAAGCCGUGAUAAAUGCUAAUAUUGCAUUGAAUGCAGCACAGACAGUUUUGAAUUUAGUAAUCAAUGAUAAAGAUAUUUUGGACAACUUAAAGUAUGUGCCUGUGCAUAUACAUAUUAUGUUGUAUUAUGCUUCAUUAUUAUUGAUUAAUCCUCCCAAAAGAUCCAACAACCAAACUAUACAAAUGAAUGAAAUAGACUACUAUGAUAAUUUGCUCAAUAACUUAAAGGUGGUUCGAAUUUUACAACGGAAAAUUUAUAUGAAUUUGCCAAUUGAUUCUAGUUUUGGUAACAGAUUGAUAAAGAAUUUACAAGAUGUCUUGAGUGAAAAGCUUCAUCAAAUUCAAGUAUUUGUUGAUGGGUUAUCAGAUGAUCAUGUGGAAAAGCAUCAAUUAAGAACAAAGGUCAAUGCGUUACUUGAAUCAAGCGAAAAUAAAUUUGAAGAGAUUACAGAAUAUGAUGUUAGCAGCAGUGGUGCAAGCAGCAAGAGUACAACUCCAUUACCUGAAAGAAUUUCUGCUUGGCCAGGGUCAAACCAUGGACAUCCAUAA